UCAAUAAAUACACAACAAAACAACAGUCAGCAAUCAGGCCUGUGUAAACAGGAUUGAGGAUAAAAUGAUGAGGAAAAGCAACAACAAAUUGCAAAUAGUGAAAUUGCUUACGUUUGUAUUGGUAGAUUUUUAUGUCAUUUCUUGUGUGUAUGCAUUGUCAAGUUGUCUUACCCUAGACGUGGUGCUAAGAAGAGCGAAGUCUACAUGCAUAGUCGCUCUCGCUAAAAACAGUUGCCACACCGGGGAUCUUUCUGACAAUGCCGUCUUUACAGAACUUAAAAAAUUGUCGUUACAAAGGGAGUUGGGAAUUUUAGUCGGAUACGUUGACAUAAAUAGCAAGUGGCCAGAUGGAAGCUUAUUGCGCGGAGAAAAAAUUGAGGCAGGGAAUAUCAUUUUGUUUAAGAAAACCAAAAAGGAUAGGACAUGUUUAUUACCCUCUCAUCCAAAGCAAAGCAUGGUUCCACUUAUUUUUAAUGGUGUAAAUAGACUGCCAACACUUAUUGACUUUGUGAAUGAUGGAUGUAAUACUUAUCUGUCUUCAACAGGAGGCCCGUCUAUAGAGGGACUGCAUAGGGAUGAAAUCCACCAAACACUCUUUUAUGUUAAAAAUAUAUCACAUAUACAAUCAAAACAUUUUUUUUCACCUUCUACACUAAGUUGCAAAGCUGAUGAAAAAUCCUGCUCGUCUGACAAUCAUAAUAUUCACUUACAUUCCAAUCCACCUACAAUUCCAGAAUGUGAGAAAAUUGAUCUACCAAGCAAAGAGAAUUUUUUUCACAAUUAUGUAAAAAUAUCAAAGCCUGUGAUUUUCAGAAAUGUGUUGAAUGACUGGCCUGCAUUUACAAAAUGGUCAAAUAGAUAUUUAAGAGAAAAGUAUGGAGAAAAUGAUGUUCAUAUUAAACUAACACCUCUGGGUGAAUACGAAGGUGUUGAACCGAGGUAUAUAUGGGAAAAUGAAGGAAAGUUCAACAUUCCGAAGUCUGUGGUGGAUCAGUUGUCUUUCCCAGAUUUAGUUGUCGUUCGUCCUGCUACAAGAAAUGUGAAUUUUUCAAGUUUCAUGGAUAUAGUGGAGGGGGUAUCCAAUGGCUCUGUUAAAGACAUGUCAGCAUAUCUAGAAUAUUCCUCCAUUCCUGAUCACCUCCCAGAAUUGGAGGAGGACAUUGUAGAGGACUUACUUUUUCAAGGGCUUCUGAAAAGGGACCAGUUAAAUAUCUGGCUUAGUGAUGGAAAGACUCUGGGAAAGCUGCAUUUUGAUCAAUAUGACAAUCUUCUUUGCCAGAUUAGUGGUAAAAAGCAAGUCAUAUUGUUUGAUCCACAUAACAAUCAUCAGAUGUAUGAAGGUCACAUUCCAGAGGCAGCCUUGUCAUACAAUCAAACAACCAAUACCUUUCACCGGCGCCAUCUAUUGGAAAGCACAUCUAUGGUUAUGUCCCCUGUUGACAUUCUGAACCCAGAUUAUUCCAGAUUCCCAUUGUUUGGAGAAACCUAUCCCAUGAAUUGUACCAUAGAGGAGGGCGAUGUUCUCUACCUGCCAGCUUUCUGGUGGCAUGAGGUUCAGUCGUUUCCUAACAUUACAGCAGGAAGAAAUCUGGCCAUCAACUUUUGGUACGAUCCAUUUUUAACGAGAGAAUUUCCAUGCCCAGAAUAUCAUCUUGACAUUAAUCCAAAAUACAGACACUUGUUAUGAUAAAAUAUUGAAAUUAAAGCAGUAUAUUGUAGAAAA